AUGUAUUUCGCACGAAUGCAAUGGAAAUUCAGAGAGCUCACAGUUCUUCGAAGACUCUCCUCACUCCACGUCCUUCGCCUCCGUUCGUCAGCAGGAGUUCAACCAAAUCUUUAUCGGCAAUUUUUUCACUCAGCGGCACAUUGCCCUCUGAGGAGGUUGGUUGGUACAGUGUUUCCGCGUCUCCAAUUGACGAAUCUUUUGAGCUCGCCAUCACAGCUCUUUUUAAACAGUUCAACGAGAGUUCCUUCGUUUCGGAGGCGUAAAAAAAGGGUGCAAGUGACUUCUUUAUGUGAUAGAGAACACCAAAAUGCUGCCUUCGAACGUUCAUCGAAAAUGGAAGAAGAAAAUCUGCCCAGGUCUUCACACUUUUCGGAUCAUCUUUCGAGUACACAAAGGUAGUGAGGACAGGAUGAACGAAGUCCACGUUGCUCACCACAGUCAUUGUGCUACUGUCGUUCUUCUUCAUAGAUUCAUAAGCAUGAGCAGCUUGUCUUCCGAUCCGGACGUCCACAAUGUCUUGGAUGA